AUGCCAGGAGUACCGUCAAGCCGAGCAUGCGAUGAAUGUCGCAAGCGAAAGAAGAAGGCCACCGCUGACGGCCCAACCCAGUGCAAUCUGGCAAUGCCUGUCUGCGCUAGAUGCGCACAGCUCAAGAUCAAGUGCUUUGGCGUUGGCCAACAACGAUACAAAUUCAUUAACCGAAAUGCCACGGGAUUAGAGCCCCUACGCAUAGUCUCCAGCAACCGGACGACGCUCAUUACUGGGCACUUGAUAUCCAGGCUCGAAGUCAGGGAUAUUCGUUACGACACGAACUGCUUUGGCGCUUUUCUACAUCUUAUCCCCAAGCGCAUUGGGGCUAACAACGCCCUUGACAUAGCAGCAGAUACAUUUGCUACUGUUUAUUCAAAUUUACACUUGGACCAGUAUCCCGUGCAGGCACUUGUCAAGCAUGGGAAGGCGCUGACAGCCCUGCGGGACUGCUUGAAGAUGCCUCUCGAUGGACAGGUUGCUGAGAUUGCAACGGCCAUAUAUUUCACUAUGCUCAAUGAUGUACACGGUAUUUCUAGCCAAGGGAUGACGGCCCACUGGAAUUGGAAGUCUAAGUUUGAGCUGGAAACUCUCCUGACACUCACUGGCAUCGUGGUCAUGGAAAGCUUGGGCAAUCCCCGAAUAAAUCUAGAGCCAUGGGUGUGGAAUGUGCUCGAAAAAGUCGAAGCUCCAAAAUCCGCUGAAGACCGCCACUUGCAUACUGAAGCAAUGAGAAAAAGCCCAGACAGGUUUCCGAGCCUAGAGCUGCGCCGCAUAAUUGAGACCAUACAGAUGAUCCGCGAGCCGGCGCACCGCUCCUCCGAUCUCCAAUUCAAUUACAACUUACUACUAAGCGACUUGGAGAAAUUAAAUCGCCUACCAAAGUCUCUCUUCUUCAACAACGAACCGUCUACGGAUCAACCCUCUCCCCAGAUUCAACUCGGAAACCAAACGCGACUUGCUACUGUGCUUACGCUGGCAUUGAUGGUUAAUACGGUUCUUCAAGAGUCCUCCUCGCUCGACACAAAUUUGCUUUCUGAAAAUGACAUGCUCGUCGAGGAAAGCAUUGCUGUAAGCCAGAUACCAGAUCGAUAUAUGCCGCUAGGAGCCUGCUAUGUGACGCCUUGCCUGAUUGCUGCCUGUGCUGCGUCUCACAAUCCGAAGCAGCAAGCAGUUAUAGCUGGUCUUCUUGGUGAGAUAUCUACGACAGAAGGUACUCCGACCACCUGUGUGAUGGAUGGUGUGGGUGGGUGGAGGAGGAAAUGGGAAGAUAUGCGGCGACAAGUCCCUGGACGACCGUUGCUCAGUGCAGCUAUCUGCAGACAUGCUGGCGGAUAA